AUGAAUAAGUUAUUGCAAGGAAACAGAAAAACUCUCGUUGAUUGUAAAUCAUUUACCACUACUAUCAUUUCGAAAUUGGUGUUGUUUAAGACUAACAUUUCAAAACGCCAAUUCUAUCAAUUUCCACAACUUGAUUCUUUGAAAGAUGAAUUGGUUGAUGAGGAUUUAACCACAUAUCGCAACUAUUUACAAUCAUUGCAUGAUAACACGGUGGAGCGAUUUCAAGAUGUUUUUGCGCUGAAUAUUCCAAAUUGGUUUAGCAAUCCGUUUGAGGUCGAUGCAGUCGAUUGCGAGGAUGGUGUUUAG